UAUUCCCUUUCCAUUUGCCAACAUAAAAAUGGUUUCUCUCCAUUUUUGCUCGCUUCAAAGAAAGCGUCUCCCACUUUUUAACACCAACCAUUCAGCACUUAUCUCUCAAUUGAUUGAACAUGGUGGGAAUAAUAAUGCCAAGAAAACAAUAAACUUAUCAUCUUCUUCUUGGAUUGUUCGUGCAGUGGAGAAAGAUUCAAAGCAGUUUGAAGUAGACCCAGAAAAGGCUAAAGAAGCCCUUCAAAAGCUUGACCAGCAGCUGCAAACCCUCUCUAACAAACAAGUCAGCACUCCUAAGAUCAGAGCAUUAGAUGUAAAACUUACAAGAGACAAAAUGGUGGAAGAUACCCCAGAAGUUUCAGGGUCUUUCUUGGCAUAUUUAACUAUUGCUCUCCUUACUUUCACAAUCUUUUACAAUAUCUGUUUUUAUGCGGUGAUAAAGCCAUCCAUUGAUGGACCAGAGUCAGCUCCACAAUCUAGCAGCCAAAGUGAGUCAAGGGGUGCAGCAGUUUUGCAGUAGUUGCCACCAUUAAUACCAGAAGUUAAUUUCUCUUCAAUGUUGUUUAGAGCUUAAGAGCAUAUUUUUAUUCAUGUAGUUAAACUUGAAGCAUACUUUAAACAAUAUAUAUAUAUAUAUAUAUAUAUAAACCAAAAGGCGAUGCAAAGCAAAAAAGUAUGUAAAAUUUGAAGCAUACUUGCUCUGGGAAUAAUAAAUUAAGAGAAUAAAGGAAGUUAAAUCAAAGGAAGAAGUAGAAGAUAAAUCAAUCAAGGCACUUAAUAAUGGAAAAUAAAGGAAUCCUCCA